AUGGCUUGGAAUAUGCACUUGUUUUAUAAGUGUCCACUGAAACAUUUCUUCAGUCCUAAUAUAUUACUGUAUCCACAUAGAAAUGAUUUAAAGUUGUUGAAAAAUAAUCUACAUAAUAAAGCAGUCAUAGUUUUGGGAAUAGAAUCCAGUUGUGAUGAUACAGGCUGUGGAAUUGUUGAUAAUACGGGAACCAUUCUAGGUGAAGCCAUUGAUUCUCAACAUUAUGUUCAUUUGAAUUUUGGAGGAAUAAUUCCUGGGAUUGCACGUGUAUUGCAUACAAAUAAUAUUACUAGGGUUUGUGAAGAUGCAUUGAGAUCUGCAAAUUUGAAAUUAAAAGACAUUAGUGCUAUAGCUACAACUGUGAAACCUGGUCUGCCUAUGUCGCUUGAUGUUGGCACAAGGUUUGGAAAACAUUUAGCAAAAAUUGGAAAAAAACCUUUUAUACCUAUACACCAUAUGGAAGCUCAUGCCUUGACAGUACGAAUGAAGGAAAAAGUUGAUUUUCCUUAUCUUGUAUUAUUGGUUUCUGGAGGUCAUUGUUUACUCGCAAUUGUAGAAGAUGUGAACAAGUUUUAUUUACUUGGAACUACAAUAAAUAUUGCACCUGGAGAAAUCUUUGAUAAGGUUGCUCGAAGACUUAAAUUACGAAACGUUCCAGAAUUUAGUUCUUUAAACGGAGGUGCAGCUAUAGAAACUGCAGCACGUAAAGCAUCAAAUGUUGAUCAAUUUUUUUUUGAUACUGCAAUGGCACAUUAUCGCAAUUGCAAUUUUAGUCUUAGUGGAAUGCUGACUAGAUGUACAAAAUACAUUGAAACAGAAGAGGAAAAACAUGGUGUAAUUGGUGAUAUGUUGAUUCCUGAUGCAUACAAUUUAUGUGCAGCAUUUCAAUUAGCUGUAGUAACACAUAUUUGUCAGAGGACUCAAAGAGCAAUAGAAUUUGUUGAUAAAAUGUCAUUGUUUCCUAAUGACAAACGGACACUGGUUGUAUCAGGAGGAGUUGCGUGUAAUGAUUUCUUAGCUAAAGCACUAAAUAUUGUAAGUACGGAAUUAGGUUUUAAUUUUGUCAGGCCACCCCCUAAAUUGUGCACAGACAAUGGAAUAAUGAUUGCAUGGAAUGGAGUGGAAAGGUGGAUUGCAGAUAAGGGUGUUAUUAAGAAUGAAAACGAUAUUGAUAAUGUGUGUAUAGAGAAGAAAGCUCCAUUAGGAGAAGACUGGAGAGAGAAAGUAAAAGAAGCCAAUCUAAAGUGUAACUGGGUAAAAUUAAAGAAACAACUGACGUGA